CAACGCCUGGAACAAGCACGUAAGUAGACACUGUCCACUGACAGUAAGGUAGAUAUGAUCAUGGUUCAUUCAAAACAGGCGAACAUUAAAAAACGAACUUCACUUUAGCCGUUUGUUUUAUGUACAGUCAGCAUUCACAACGUUGUCCCUCGCGUCUGAAUCCGACUUCACUGCUGUAACCUACCGUGCUGAAAAGUUCCUAAUUCUUACUCACCUGACUGUUGAAUCAGACUACACAGACUCUGCAAAGAUUCAUCAUUCACUACCCUCUUAACUUUUUGCUAGACCAAGGGGCACCUCAAGGACCACUAACCUCAAGGACCUCUAACACCGGGUACGAAUAUGGCACCAUGGAUUAUUCAAAUUGCCUUGGUGGCAAUGAGUAUCUUAACCGAAACUACUGAAGGGAAAAAAGACACGGUGCUGUAUUGUUCAGCAUGCAGGGCUAUUGUUGAUGAGCUCAAUUAUUCAAUCAGUCAGAUUGAUCCGAAGAAGACAAUCCAUGUGGGAGGCUUCAGACUCAACCCUGAUGGGAGCCUGACUGAUAAAAAGGUCCCUCUUGCUAGGUCUGAGGCCAACUUGAGUGAGCUUCUGGAUGGAGUUUGUGGUAGCAUGAGUGACUAUGCUCUUCAUGUGGACCCAGACACCAAGAUAAAACAAUACAAAAGAUUUGCUCCAAGAAGUUCUGAUGCUGGGGAUUUUCCUGAUUUUAACAAUUUCAAGUUUGACGGCCCAGAGGGAUCCAAUGCCCUAAAAUUUGUGUGUGAAAGCAUUGUGGAGGAGUUUGAAGAUGAUAUCAUCUCUCUCUUUGCCAAAGAGACAGACCAUGUGGUCGACAAGUUAUGCAAUGAAGUAUCAGAUCACUGUAAAGGCGCCAAAUUCCAGAGUGACGAACUAUAGUUUUACAUGCAUCUCUGCUGCCGAUGACCGGACCAGUUUAGAUAUAUAUUUCAAAUGAAGAAAUCAUUCUUGAAGGAUAUUGUAUCAAUCAACUUGAAUACUUAUAAAUAAAGUUUUCUAUUUUGAAUUGAGAUA